AUGCCCGAGCUGGCACUCUCAUCUCACGGCCCGUUACCUAUAGCUUCACGAACUAGAACUACCAUGAACCCCGCUCCUCCACCACUUCCACCGCCAUCUCGAAUUCGCGGAUUGGAGAUGGGCUAUGACGCAGCCUGGGAACACGCAAAUCCACGAACUCCGACUUCUCUUCCGCCUAUCAAGCCGAACUCAAGUUUGUUUGGAGGUCAUCGGCGGCAGGAAACCGCCUCACCGGGUGAUCCAAUGCAGAUAGACGAUUUAGACGGGAGACAGGGAGCUCCUGUCUCGCGCAGCCCCGAAACUCAUAUCCAGAUCCAGCCACCUCUGCCAGCUCUAGACGGAUUUCCAAAUUCCAUGUCGGUCAUCUCGAACCCGGCGGGUCCAAUAUUGAUCCUUGCUAACACGUUUGAUAGCUUGAGUGCCGAGCCCAAAUUUUCACUACGAAGUGUCACAGAUUCAUCAAAUGCAUACGAUAAGCACCUAUUAUCCAAAAUCGGAAAACCGCAAAUAGCAAAGCCUCCGUCCCCAGGGGGAUCUAUCAGUCUCGGAACAGACAACCGGAAUUCGCUACCAGUGCUCACCGUUCCGUCACGAAGCUCAAGCACUCUGCCAUCACCCGGGCCUUCAGAAGGGUCAACACUGGAUGUGAAAUGGCACAACAGUCCUCAGUCCGGGGGUGUUUCUCCCAGGACAAAAGUCAACUGGAGAGAGUAUGCUGAAGGCCGAAGCCCAAGCGUGGAGAGCAAUGCACCAUCAUCAGCACUGGAUUACGACCAAGGAUAUGUGCGGGAUACGAGCAGACGCCGCUAUCGUGGAACAACGCCACAGCGAGAAGAUAGCAUCAGUCUACCGAGCCGAUCGAACCGCGGAAGCUACGACCAGGGCGUGUUUUCAGAUAUCGAGGGAGAAUUUUCGGCUGAUGAGCCGGCACCCCCGCGACAUUUCAUUGUUCGGGGGCCUACUCCGCCAUAUCCGGAUUCGAGACACGGCAUGAAACGACGGGCAUCCUCGCCUCCGCGCGAGCCAAUGAGCGAAGAUAGACAUACAUUACACGUUGCUACAAGCAACGGAGAUUUGUCACAACGGAGACUUGGUGGUCAUCCGUUUGCUAACACACUGUCGGUCAACCCCAAUUACGCCCCGAGUCAACGAACCCUCUCAGCUGGCUCGUCCUUGAGUAUCCGGACCUCGGGCUCGUAUUCGUCUACGCUGUCUAUUGGAGGUAGCAGUAUGACUAGCCUUUCUCCGUACGAUCGUCCAUCUCCAGGUGGCUUUUCACCAAGCUCGGAUCUCGAUACUUUUCAUGAAAAAUCAAUUCUCAACCCCAGUCCCCCUGCGACGGUAUGUCAGGCUACCCUUCCCAGAAUCCCAGGGCCUGCAUCCUUAGAACCGCCCGCGACAGACGCUACUGGAAAGAUGUCUGUGCCGACGACCAUUAUAAAUGUACCAAAGCCAGCCGCACCAAAAAUCGGCGGGCUUUUCAUCUGCGAUUGUUGUCCAAAGAAGCCCAAGAAAUUCGACAACCGAGAGGGCCUACGUGCACACGAGAUGGAGAAACAGUACGCAUGCGCCUACUGCAACCACCGCUUCAAGAACAAAAACGAAGCCGAGCGCCACCAAAACUCCCUCCACCUCCGCCGCCAUUCAUGGUCCUGCGCCGCGCUCAUGAGUUUCCAAGCAGCAUUCCACGCGUCAGGCACACCGUCCUGCCAGACAACCACUGGACCUACCCAUGACACGUGCGGGUACUGCGGGGAAGAAUUCCCGAAUUUCCCCCAGGCAGACUGGGACCAGCGAUUCGAGCACUUGACCACGGUGCACAAAUUCGGCGAGUGCAACAACGCCAAGAAAUUCUUCCGCGCAGACCACUUCCGCCAGCAUCUGAAGCAUAGCCAUGCUGGCACCAGUGGGAAGUGGACUAAUAUUUUGGAAAAUGCUUGCAUGAAAGAAGAGCAGCCGCCGGAGCCUCGCGAGCCUCGCGGGCCUAGGGAUAGAGCUGCUUCGGGCUCCCAGCCUGCGGGCUCAUUGACGUCCAAUUCCAUCUCGGAAGUUCUUAGCGAGCAAUGA